AUGGUAUCAAGCAAUAUUCCAACUCAUCAAGAGCAUGAUGUUGCAGUUAUUGGUAUGGGUAUGAGAUUCCCAGGAUCCAACAACCAAUGUACAAAAACACCAGAUGAUCUAUGGAGUGCUCUGACCAAUGGAAGCGAUCUCCUUUCGAAAUUGGAUCCGAACCGUUAUGCCCAGAGUUAUGUUGACCAAGAGUAUGUCACCAGCAAUGUUGGUGGUUUUGUAAAUCUUGAUGAAUGGAAACAGUUCGAUCCAAUGUUUUUCGGUAUGACCAAGAAAGAGGCUGAACAAAUCGACCCACAAAUCCGUUUGUUGAUGAUGAUCCUCUGGGAGGCAAUUGAAGACGCUCAGCUACAAUACGAUACUGUCAGAGGUAGUAACACUGCAGUCUACAUUGGAACAAUGACCCAAGGUUAUAAAAUGGUAACCAAUAGUAUUCUCACCGACAUGUCACCUUACUCGUUGGCCGGUAACAUUUUGACAUUUGUGUCGAACAGAUUGUCUUAUGCCUUUGAUUUGCGUGGUCCUUCAAUGACACUCGAUACUGCAUGUUCCUCCUCGCUCAACGCUGCAUUCCUCGGAAUCAAUUCUAUUCGAUCUGGUGCUUGUGAAAUGGCUGUCAUCGGAGGAUGCAAUGAUUUACUUGAACCAUCUGCAACUAUUUCUUUAAGUAAUUUAGCUGCACUAAGUAAAACUGGUAAAUGUCAUUCAUUUGAUGUUGAUGCAGAUGGUUAUGUACGUGCCGAAGGAGCUGGUAUCUGUAUUUUAAAGAGACUGGAUGCUGCCAUUCGUGAUGGAAACCGAAUCUAUGGUGUUAUCAAAGGUGGAAGUAGCAAUGUCGAUGGAAGUAACAACAAGACAACUCUGACAGCACCAUCUGGCACUGCUCAAGCAGAGAAUGUAGAAUUCGCAUUGAAAGACGCUCGUUUGAGUGCAUCAGAUAUCUUUUAUGUUGAAGCACAUGGAACCGGUACACCUGUAGGUGAUCCAACCGAAGUUGGUGCUCUUGCCUCUGUUUUCAAAGGAAUCAAAUGUGAUGAAUGGAAUAUCAAAAUUCAAACCGAGUUGGAAUCAUUCCCAACAGAUAGAACCAUACGAAUAGGUAUCAAUUGCUUUGGAUUGGGUGGAUCCAAUUGUCAUUUGAUAUUAGAAGAAUAUAAAUCUGUUAAAUCAGCACAAAUGAUAAAUAAUGUAUCGACUACAUUAGGAGAAAAUUAUUUAAUUCCUUUCUCUGGAAAUUCGAAAGCAUCUGUCGAUAAAUACAUUGACAUGAUUAAGAAUAACAUAUCCAGAUUGUCAAAAGUAAUUCCAUUUGAACAUUUUGUUCGAUAUCAAGUCGAAUCGAAAUCGCACUUCAUUUCAAAUCGAAAGAUUGUUGCUGCCAACAGUUGGGAGCAGUUUGAAAAACAAGAGAGAACCUUUGUUGCACCAGAUCAAGAUACAAGUUUGGGUUCAUUCAGCAAGACCAGCGACAUUCCAAUUGUUUUUGUUUUUUGUGGACAAGGACCACAAUUCUCCACAAUGGGUCUGGAACUUUAUGAAAAGGAGCCGAUAUUCAGAGAUGCUGUUGACGAAUGUGAUAAGAUACUCGAAGGAUUCUUCAAUUAUUCAGUACUUUCAAGACUUAGAACAUUCAAAGGAGCUAAUGAAUCCGACAUCCAUAAGCCAGUGAAUGCACAACCUUCGAUAUUCCUCAUCCAAAUCGGUUUGGUGGCAUUGUAUAAACACUGGGGUAUCGAUCCAUCGAUCGUUGUCGGUCACAGCUUUGGUGAAGUUACAGCUGCCUACUGUGCCAAAUAUAUCUCAUUAUACACAGCUGCCAAGAUUGUCUACUAUCGUGCCACUCUCCAAAACGAAACCAUUGGAAGUGGAAGAAUGCUGUCGAUUGGAAUCAGUGCCAAUGAAUAUCUCAGCAACUACUCUGAGAAAUAUCCAUUGGAAAUCGCUUGUUACAAUUCUCCAGAUUCAAUUGUUGUCACUGGUGACGAAUUAACUCUACAAUCUCUGAUGAACCAUUUGAAAGAUAAGAAUGUUAUAGCGAUCAUGCUGACAACACCAUGUUCUUUCCAUUCAUCCAGACAAGAGGUUAUCAAAGAGAAACUAUUACAAUCACCGAUAGCCAGUGUUGAGUAUCUCGAAGACGAUGAAGAAAGUAAUGUCACCCUCUUCUCAACAGUCACCGGUGGAACAUUCUCAAGAAAACAAGAUUAUGAUAUUAACUAUAUCUAUGAUAAUCUUCGUAUGCCGGUUGUUUUCGAUAAAGCAAUGGAGAAUAUUUUCAAACUAAUCAAUGGUGAACAAAGUGGUAACAAACCAGCAAUCUUUAUUGAAAUUUCACCACAUCCAACUUUAAAUUUCUACCUUAAAAAGAUGAUUCCGAAAUCAUCAUCAACACAACCAUUGGUUGCCUCUUCACUCAACAGAAAAGGUAGUGAAAUAGACUUGAUCCAAACAACAUUGGCACAAGUUUAUCUCUAUGGUGUCAAACUAAACUUUUCAAAUCAAUAUCCCAUUUUAAAGAGAUCUGGAAAUCAGAUGUGGAAGGACAAUGCUGGAACAUUACCAAGAUACCAAUUCAACUCAAUGUCAUUGUGGGCUGAACCAUUACCAUUCAAGAAGAUUCGUUUGGAAGGUCCAACCAACAAUCAUCUUGGACACAAACAUUACAACAGCACAGGAGGAUUCUCUUACCUCUCAAUCAUCGAUGUUGGAAAGGCACCAUUUGCAUUCCUUAAAGGUCACAAAAUCAAAGGACAAUCAUUGUUCCCAGGAACUGGUUAUGUUGACAAUAUUCUUCGUGCUUUCAAAGGUAGCGAUGUCUAUAUCCACAAUCUCGACUUUAAGUAUCCAUUCUUCUUGAAAGAAGGAGUACAACAUCACCUACAAACCAACUUUAUCGAGAUUGCCAAGAAUGAAUAUAAAGUUGAAUAUAUGUUCAAAGAGAAUCAUAACACUGACGAAUGGACCAGAUCUGCAAUUGGUCGUGUCUCUGUCUAUCCAUCAAUGUCAGCCUCCAACAUUGGAAAAGUAGAUAUUGCAGCCAUCAGAGAACAAUGCAACUAUGCAGAGUUGUCACACGAACAAGUCUACCAAAAGAUCAAGAACUCUGGAAUUGAAUUCGGCCCAUCGUUCAGUCGUAUCAAAUCCACAAUGAUGGGACGUGAUUGUUGUUUGUCAACCAUCAAUAUGAAUCCACCAGUUUCUUCUUUUGACAAUGAAACAUUCUUCAAUACACCGUUACUCGAUAGUUGUGCACAAGGUUUGAUUGCAUUGGUUAAUCCAACUGAACUUGUAUUCGAAGGUUUGAACAACAUGAAGAUCUACUCUGGUAAUCUUCCAGCAGUGAGACCUGACCACAUCUAUGUUUACGUUCACAUUCUCUCGAACUCCGCCGACACAUGUAUUGGUCAAGUUAAAGUAUUCCUCGAAGAUGGAUCUCUUUUGAUGACUGGUGAAAAGAUGAUUUGCCACUUCCUCAAAAAGAUUGAACAAGACACACCUACCAAUCCAAACAACACUCUAUUCGUUCAACAUUGGCAAAGAAAAGAGUUACUUCCAUCCACCAUUAAACCUUCAAACUUCACACUUCACCAAUAUGUUUGUCAACUACUCAACUCUUUGACAACCAAGAACAGUCAAUUGGUUGUUAAAAUAUUGGAUAACAACAUUCAAAACUCACAGAUUCUAAUCGAUUUGAUAGAAUCACAAGUUUUGCAAUCCAAUCCAAAUAUCAAUGUUGAAUACACUCUUAUCAACACUGGUGCCAAGCAAUCACUAAACAUCACCAAUGAAAGACUACUUUUCAAAUGUAGAGACAUGGUGAACAAUGACAAUAUUGACAAACGUUUAUUAAAGUCAAGCUAUGAUAUUGUCAUUACCUCGGAGAUUGCCAGUUUCAGCCAAUUGGAAUCAUUACUUGCUCCAAGUGGUCAACUCCUACUGACCAAUACAAUGGUAAAUUCACUCAGUACCAAUCUCAAUGUCCAUACUAUGAGCAAUGGAUUCUCUAUCAUCCAAAACCAUUCGAUCCUCACACAACCAGAAAUCAAAGGAAUCAACAAGAUUGCAUUUAUCACUGCUGGACCAACUCCAAAUGAAAUCGAGACAACUUUUGUUGAUCAAGGACUUCUCAAUGCCAACAGAAUUGAAAUUUUCGAAUCACAAUCAUUGGUUUCCAAUCAUGAGAAAUUCCUACAAUUCAUUGGAGAUGGAACAAAGUGUUUCAUUGUAUACUUGGCUGGUUUGGAUCAACUAAAGGUUGAUAACUAUCAACAAAAGACAUUCGAAUUUGUUAAAUUGAACCAAAUCCUCUUGAAGAACAACCUUACCAGCUGCACUACCGUCUUGACCACAAUGAAUGCCCAAGUUGACUCAAACAACUUUUUCAAUAUGUCACUCAUUGGUAUCCAUCGUUACUUUAUGGAAUUCCAUCAAUUGUCGACGAUCUCUAUUGAUUUGACAAUGGAGACACUCUCUGAAGUACCACUUUCCUACCUCAUUAAACUUUCUACCAGUCCAUAUGACAAGGAAUAUGUCAUUCGUCUUGAAGGUUCACCAAUUCUGCUCUCAACCAAUGUCCAACGUAUUUUCAAGAAACCAAUCACACCACUCAAUAAUAACGAAUCAUCAUUCUCAAUCAACAACAAUCUCUAUUGUAGACUUGACUCUAAUUUACAAUUUGAAAUUAAAGAAAUGGUUGAAUCGUUGGUGGAAAACCAAGUCGAAGUUAAGGUGAUGGCAGCUGGUGUAACACCAAAAGACUUACUCUACUACCAGAAAAAACUUUCACAAAACAUGUUCAUCAGUGGUGAUAUCUAUAAUCCUCCAUUUGGAUUGGAAUUCUCUGGUAUUGUAACAAGAACUGGUAACAGUAACAAGUUCAAAAUUGGUGAUCAAGUUGUUGGUUUGGGAUACUCUGCCAUUGCAUCUCAUGUUAUUGUUAGAGAUGAUUGGAUUGUCCAUAAACCAUCGAAUCUCAGCCAUACCGAAGCUGCUUCAAUCCCAGUAGAUUUUAUCUCUGCCAAUGUCUCAGCAUUUGUGAUGGGAUACCUCGAUGAAUCUGAAUCAAUUUUGAUUCAUAUGGCCAAUCAUGGUGUAGGGACAGCAUUGCUCAGUCUCUUGAAGUCCAAGAAACAUCAAGUUGACUUGAAUAGCAUCGAUAAUGGAUUCUCAGAUCAAUUGAAAUCGAUUGGUGGUGUCGACCUCAUCAUCAAUACUCUUCCAAGUGGAUCGUUCAUGAAAUCAAACUUUGAUAGUUUGGCACCAUCCGGUAGAAUCAUUGACCUCUCAACUCAAAAUUUGAUGGAGAAUGACAGUUUGAACAUCAAGAACUUCACCUAUCACCGUGGAUACCAAACCUUUUACAUUGAUCAAUUAUUGAGCCAAUCCAAAUUGAUUGGUCGUUAUUUGAAUCAACUGUUCAGACAAUUUGAAAACAACCAACUAAGUACCAACCAAAGAACAACUGUAUUCCCAUGUAACCAAAUUAAAGAUGCUUUCGAAUCAAUGGAGAAAUCAGCUUCUAACAAGAUUGUUAUUGAUUUCAGUAUGUUUGACAGAUCAAUAAUUCCAGAGCUUAAAUCAAAUGGUAAACUUGAACAAGUUGUCAAUAGUUGUUCCAAGAUGAAUCAAAUCGGUCAGACUCUCCUUAUUACUGGACAAACUGGUAUUGCCAUUGUCAUUCUUCGUUGGAUCAUUGAAAAUCGACCAGUUGGUUUGAAGGAUGUCAUUGUUCUCUCCAGAUCUCAAUUGAAAUGGGAAUUAGAAUUCCUCAUGAAUCAAUUAAAGUAUGGAGGUAGUUCCAUUCGAAUUCACUAUCGUUCAGCUGAUGUCAGUCAAUAUCAAUUGUUGGAUCAAGCUGUCCAAUCAAUCUACGACUCUGACUCUAGUAUCGCACCAGUUUCAUCAGUAAUUCACUUUGCCACAGUCUAUGAUUAUACUGAACCACAAUCGAUUUCACCUGAUACCUUGUCAGGUACUCACAACGCCAAAGCAGUUGGUGCAUUCAAUCUUCACUCACUCUUUGAGGCCAAAGGUUGGAAGUUGAACUCCUUUGUACUUUUCAGUUCUGUAUUCUCCAUUCUUGGAUCAUCCAACCAAUCUGCUUACACCUCUGCCAACUCAGUACUCGAUGGUUUGGCACAAUAUCGUAGAAGCCAAGGAUUGAGCGGUCUAUCUGUAUCGUGGGGUGCAUUGGGAGGAGGUGGAGAAGUCGCCAACAACAAAUCAGUAUCCACAUUCCUCAAGAUGAUUGGAUUCGAAUUGGUAUCGGUAUCACAUAUUCUUGGUGGAAUGAAAUUGUUCUUGAACGAAUCUAUUGAUUCUCCUCAUCUAAUACUUGUGGAGAUGACUUAUAAAUCGUUAUUUGAGCAAUACCGUUUGCUUCGAUCCAAAUUAGAACAUAUCUCUCAAGUUGAAGACAUUGACUUUGAAGAAGCUCAAACCUCAUCAACAGCCAACCAAUCUACUGGAAACUCGCUAUUCGAUAUGGUGACAACCAAAGUUGCAGAUCUUCUCGCAAUGAGUCAAGCCAAAAUAAAUCCAGAGACACAUCUCAAAGACUAUGGAAUCGAUUCACUCUUGACUGUUCAACUAAAGAAUUGGAUACAAAAAGAAUUCAACAUUACCAACAUUACAACCAAACAAAUUACCAACAGUUCUAUUAACGCAUUAAUCCAAUCGAUUAAAGUUUAA